CCUAUAAAAUACCUGCAAAUUUAACGUCAAAAGUUGCAGAGUUGCAGGGUGGUCCUUCAAUGGGGAAUCCGAGAAGGACCCGGAAGAGGGUUCGUGCAAUCCGUCGAGCUCCCGAUGGAAGUGUCUUUCAGAAAUGCAAUUCCUGUGGGGCUUCCGUCCCCAUUGCUUUGGCUGGGAUGCACGAGUGUGAAUUCAACGAUAACGUGAAGAGGUUCAGAGGCGUUAGCGUGGAUGUUAAGAAACAGAGCAUUUGGGACCAGCUUGUAAUCAGGGCCCCUUGCCAUUUCUUCUUGAAAGAGCUUACCAAGACAAGCAAGGCUGGAAAUUGGGUUGCCAUUAAUCGAGAAGGGUUUGAGGCAUGGAAGAACAAGUCCGACAAGGAGAGACAGCCAUAUGUUGCCGAAGCUGAAAAGAUCGACAAGGCUUGCCUGAAAGCUUUACUUGAAGAAGCAAAUGAUAAGUUUAAGGUAGAUGAUGAGGCAGAUUCGGCCGCUGUCGGGAACAAUGGGAAGCCUGGUGAGCCACAGUUUUCUGAAGACUAUGAGAAUUCUGAUGGCUCUCAUGUAUUUUGGGAUCACUCUGCUACAACUGGAUCUUGGCACACCUACCAUAGGUCUCUAACUCUGCUACAACUGGAUCUUGGCACACCUACCAGGCCAAUGGUGCAUGAGUUCACCUCAUGGAACUGGAAAAUGGUGCAUGGAUUUUGAGGAUUCGGAAGCUAAGAAAUCGCCUUUUUUAGCUGAUCGUUUUUGGGGGUAAUGGAAGCGCCUCCAAUCGAUCAAACAAAAAAAGUGAUUCAGUCCGACUCAAGCGAGUGAGCGAAAGGCGUGGCAAGAGAGCGAGUUCGACUCGUCAUUUCUGAGAUUACCUUUUUCCCAUUACCUGUUUCUUCAAAGGCAAGUCAUUUGGCUAUCGUAUAGUAAGUUAGUAACAAAGGGGUGGUUAAUUUCCUAUGUAGAGUUGAAAAGGUUUCACUUUUUGAUGUGAAAUACAUGAGACCCAGAAGUUUUGUGCUCAUAAUAUGGUCUCGAGAAUGUUUUGCCUCGCACUUAUGUAACAAGAAGUUUCAAAUUUACUGCAUUUGAUUGUGAAUCUC